GCCAUGAAGUGGCGCACUGCUCCAAAAAUCUAUUUGCAAGCUGACCAGAAGAAGUGUACGUCACACACGGAAGUGUCAACAUGGAGGACGGUAAAGAAGUUUCCACGAAUUCACUUCUGAAAGAUGAGUGCUAUUCGGAUUUCCUGGACGAAGAUUUUGACGUGAAGACGUACACAGCACAGGCUAUCCAUCAUGCCGUCAUCGCCGAGCAGUUGGCCAAGCUGGCACAGGGCAUCAGCCAGCUUGACAAGGAGCUGCACAGCCAGGUUGUGGCAAGGCAUGAAGACUUGUUGGCUCAGGCUACAGGGAUCGAGUCUCUUGAAGGGGUUCUUCAGAUGAUGCAGACAAGGAUUAGUGCACUGCAAGCCGCUGUUGAGAGAAUGAGGACAAAGAUUGUUGAUCCCUAUAACAAGAUUGUGGGCAGAAUCACUCAGCUAGCCAGACUGCAGGUAAGUUUAAACAUAAUCUAUCUGAUUGUGAAUUAUGUUUUACAAUGCUGCUAAAAAGUUGUUUUUCUG